AUAUCCAAAAUCAGACCUCAUAAGAACACUCCCGUUUUCGAAUGCAACAUUGUGUCAAAAUUUCAAAUCCUGCCAUUGAUUCUAAAUUGUCAUAUACACGCUAAAAGAAACAUUCUUAAAUUAAAGGCCUGCAUUUAUGAAAUGACCAGUAAUAAAUCUAAUAUUCAUUUAUUCACGUACUUCUAACUAAGUUUAAUACGUUGUGUCAAAAUUACAAAAAAAUAUCAUUUAAAAAAUAUUGUUUAAAAUUAAAUUAUGGCUGGUUAUUAUAUAUUUUAUUAUAUACAAUAUAAAAAAUAUUUUUUUUAAUUUAUAAUAUCUAACAUGAAAUAUGAAAUUAACAUUAACGUUUAAUAUAUCACAUUUUUUAAAUAAACGACGACUUAUAUAACAAUAUCUCUUCGAGUGUUUUUUAAGUAUUCCAUUAAUAGCCGAGAUACUAUGAUUGAUCAGUUGACGUAUUAGAUUAGCUACGGUUAUGUAUGCAUUUUGUUUUUGCAUGUUUUUCAAAAAUUCAGACUUAAUUAUUCGAGUCCUUUAUUAUUCAGAUGAAUCUUUUUAUAACGUUCAAUAUUUUGACGAUGGCGGAGGAGCGACAGUGGAAAAUCCCAAUCAAAUUACUCGAUCUAUUGUCCAUGGAAUCACGAUUGCGUUCGCGAUGUUCGGAGCGAGAGAGUUCGGAGAGUUGACAAACAGGGAAGGAAAACGGGUGGGAAAAUUGGCGGAAAGAAGGCAGAGAGUGUGGAGAGGAAAGCGGGACGAGUGAAAAGCGAUCUCACAAAUCAGCGAGAGGCGGCAUCGAUCUCAACCACCCAUCCACCGCCAUCGGUUCUUCCCUUAUCCACGAGCUGUUUCUCCCUUCUUCACUUUCCCGGCGUACUUUUUUACCGCGCGUUCGCAUCGUGUGCGAGUAAAAUGGAAGCGGAGCAAAGAGUAUCUCGCAUAAAAGAAGAGAAUUCGACCGGUAUCCUAUCUCUACAGUCUUUCUAUCUCUCUCUCUCUCUCUCUCCCCCUGACGUUUGUUGUUUUCGACGGUUUCGUUGAGUCUGCGCCGAUAGAAGGCUUUCUGAUCCGAAAACACGUUCGAUGGAGCGUACGCUAACCGGAAGUAACGCGGAGCUUGGUUCACUAUGAAAAUUACAUUUGUAUCCCGCGGACGUUUUAUCCCGUCGGCGACCGAAGUAAAAAUCCGAGCCUGAACUUUUGAUAACGCGCUGACAGAUUUCAGAACGAGAGAGAGAGAGAGAGAGAGAGAGAGAGAGAGAGAGAGAGAGCCCGUUGGGUAGGAAAGAACGUGAUCCAAUCAGAUUUUUGACGUUUCCAUUGACUUUUCGGUAUGGCAGACCCCGUGCACAGGCAAACGUUGCUGCCAUUUCAUCGCAACUGCGACGCGAUGACACUUUAUCAUAGAAAUUACGUGAAAAGCUGAUGGUAACUUUCCGCGUUUUUACCUCACGACACAGGUUAAGAGUUUCAAGUACUCGAUCGCGCGUAAUUCUCGAUUUGUAUUCAUACGAGCAGUUGUUCUUCAUGUUAACGCACACACUUACACACAUACGUCUAAGCUCCGUUUGCACCAAUGUAGAUUAACUUUAACUUACAUUCUACAAUUCUACAUCUUUCUAGUUCUAACAAGGGAACACAACCAGUUCACCUCCAAUAUUAAUAAGCUUUAAAUUUGUUGAAAUACAGACAAAAAUAAGAGACACAUUUUUUUAUAAGUGCGUUUUUCGCAAGUGAAGAGGGUAAAAAACGUCCCUUUAUAAAAUUACUUAUUUUCUUUUGAAACGAAUAUCGUUAAAACUAUAAGAAAUUAAAAAAUUGUUCUAAAUAAAAAUUAAAUGAUUUCAUAACUACUCUUUAAUAGUGUUAAUUUUUUUUAUUUUUGUACUUUCACUACUUAAGAUAUUUUUUUAAAGCACUCUCGAAACCAGUCAACUUUUACUCAGAACUUGUUUUCUGUUUCCUACAAUUUCGACGAUAUUCACUUAAAAAAUAAGCUGUGUUUUUUUAAAAGGGUAUUUUGCCUCCCUUAACGCCCGAGAACAUUCUUACAUAUCUCCUAUUUUUGUCUAUAUUUCAACAUGUCCAAAGCUUAUUAAAAUCGGAGGGAAAACUUGCGUUUCUUUGUAAGAACGAAAGAUAGAAAGUAAGUUAAACCGAGAUUAGACAUUAAUCUGUAUCGCUGUAAACGUGUGUGAAUGCUCUUCGCCCUCCCUGCGUUUCUUGCGAGAAAGAAAUGCCGCUCUUCUCUCGUCCGCCACGUUAUUUUCGAGCUCGAAGCGCGACGCGGUGCGGCGCGUGCAUUUUUACUUAUCUUUAUCACGGCCGCGGAUCGGCUCGUAUUUUUACGGUUGGCCUUCAGCCGUUCGCGGCUCGUAUAUCUGUAACGUAAACGUCGAUAGCCGUCGGAGCCGCGCAGCGUCGUCAUAAAUGUUUACAAUCGACCUUCGAUCGUAUACCUCCACGGCUCGUUUACUUCGCGGCCGCCGUUCGGCACGUACGCGCGACACGCGGCGUACGCGCGCGCACGCUUCGAGGAAGAAACCCAGUCGACGUGCGUAGUAACGGAGAUAAUCGCCGUUUUCGUCCUCUCAAUACUCGUCGGCGAGGUCUCCGCUCUUUCUCCCUCUUUCCCGCGAGAGAGAGAGAGAGAGAGAGAGAGAUCGCUCACGCCUCGAGAUUCAACGAAAGCCGAUGCGAUGUCGUUCCUUAUCUCGGCAGAUCAUCUUACGUUAACGGCGGUUGCAUUACGUCGCUGUCGACACAUAUGGCUGUCCUCCGUUCAUCUGCGAACACGAUUUUCGAUGCUAAGCACCAUUCGUUCCGCAACGGAGCUCGAUAAUUGCGCGAUAAUUGGAAAUAUACCAGCUCUUUUUGUUUCGAAAGUGACGUGAUCCCGGGACAAUCCUAAACUGAACUAAUUGUUGUGGAUCACAAAGAGAAAAAAAUUAUGUAACAUUGAAUUAAUAUAGUCUCCGUUAUAUGUAAACAUGAAAACAAGAACAUAACUUUUUUUUUAAGAGUUUUGUGAUUUUUAAUUUUAGCAAAAAAUGAUUUACAUUUUUAUUUUAAUGUUAUAAUAUGCUCUCUAAACUCACAUCAGUGUAUUAUCACUAAUUUGCAGUGGUAUACUUGUAACUUUGGUAAUUAGUCGAUAUUCACUGUGUUUUAGUGAUUUUCACUUCAAAAUUAGUGUAUAAUCACUGAGAUGGUAUACUACUGCAAAUCAGUGAUAACACACUGAUUGCAAUUUGAAGAGUAUCUUACAUUUUUUCCCUUUUUUAAUUCAAAAAUAAGUAUAUUUUUUUUAUAAAACUAUAAAAUUAUUUUAUACGCGCAAAUUAUGUCUAUUUAAGAUUAUCAAUUUUUUUUUUUAAGAAGAUUUUGUAUUCUUAUUGAUAUGUGAGACAACGAUUGUUAACUAGAACAGAUCAGAUUUAAUUUUGUACUACUUUUUUUUCCCGUGCAAGUACUUUUUCUGUUCGAGAAGUAAUAAAGAUAGAAGACGGUUGGUCAAACGUGAAAGUCGAAUUGCCGAUGUGAGAUAAGUAGAAAGGAAGCGGUCAACAGCGUAGGUGGUAUCCUUUGCUGCGGGAGAUCGCCUUCAUGGCGCCGCGUUAGACUUUUAAUUAAAAGCUUCGUUCUCCGCCGCCUCGGCAUUAUCGUCCCGCGUUCCUGCGUGUUCCGUCCGCCAAUUUUACUUCUCAUUUACGGAGUGUACCAUGGGCAGCACUCGCAUAAUCGCGAGUAAUAUCCGCGUCGCAAUUACUCGCUCGCCCACCGCUCGACCUCUCGCAUCUCUCGUUGUCAUCUAAUUAUCUAUCGACAAAUAUAAUCACCACCCUGUCAAUCGUCAUUAGCAUUGAAAUGCAGCGGCCAUAAUCGCGAUUAAUCGCGGCGCAUUUGCGCGGUUACAAGCCUUUUUUUCUCUCUCAAACGCGCACGUGUAUACACGCAUACGUGCAUGUCGAAGACGUAACAACACGUGUAUCAGAUGCGAAACAGCAUUCAGGAAUUUUCUUAUCGGCGACCUCUGAGUAAGAGAAAAUAUCCCUGGUAUAUUUUUCUAAUUUUUUAGAUUACGCAUUUAUCUCGCGACGUGCACGAUCGCGGAAUUUCCCGGUCGCUGGUCAAUUCACUGGCGAGAAAGUCGUGCACGUCGCCGCCACUCGAUCGUCGACGACGACGACGACGACGAUGCGGGCGAGGCGACCGGAUGAGCGCCACUGGGACGGAUUUGUAGUAAGUGUAAGCAGAGCGGUACAGAUGCGUCCGCGCCCGCGCCACCCGCUUCCGCGCGAUCUCUCUCUCUCUCUCUCCCUUCCGCCCGACGGUUGAAUCCCGGCGCACCGCGAAGCCGUGAUGACGCAACGGCCGAAGUGGAGGAGGUUGUCGAUGUGGUGUACGCGGGCGACGCGUCGCGCGAAUGCGCCUGUGUGUAGUAAAGGCUCCGACGGCACGGCCAGCUGCACGAGAGGGCCGCCUUUAAGUCGCUCUUGCGUCCACGUCGUCGUCGUCGUCGUCGUCGUCGUCGCCGCUUCCCGCGCGCGCGCGCGCGCGCGCGCGUCGUCACACUUUUCCUUUUCCUUCUUUCUCCUUUCUUUCUUUCUUUCUUUCUUUUUUUCAACUUGGCAAUGCGGUUUAAAGACUUCUUAAAGACGAUGUUACGUUAACGUCGAGUCGGAUAUACGUCUUGGUUUCCUCUCCUACUCUCUGAAUCUCGCACAGAGGGAAACGAUACUCUGAGAAAGUGAACACCGAACAGUGUGCAAUAUUUAAAUAAUUUGCCAUCUUACGAGACUAAACAUUUUCCCAUAGAAGUGAAAUUUGACUCUUGUUGAGUGACAAAUCACUUUAACAAUUGCACAAGCUCAAUUUUUCAUUCAGCGAAACUUAAGGAGCAAAUAGUUAUAACUAUGCGAUUAAUUCUAAACUGUCAACUAUCUUUUUAUAAACAUGGCUUUAAUAUGAAAUGAAAAAGAAGGCAUGAUAAAAUUAAAAAAAAAACCAUUUUAAAGGAAUCUAACAGUUAUAAUAAUGUAUUCUUUAUUGUCACUGUUGACGCUGUUGUUGAAUGAUUUGAAAGACAUUGUAGCAUACAUCAACGAAUUCGUUUUGUUCCAAAGGCUAUCGAAAUCUCACCGUUGUUGUCGCAAACGUAUUCGCUGUAAAUAGGAACACGCCUAAGGAACGACAGGAACGUUCGUAACGAUAAUUUAAGCGAUUAAAACAGCGUUCCUGGUAGUACACUGACUGUUCCGCAGCGUGUACUAUCAGUGCGAUAUACACCGGUCGUACGCAGUUACGGUACACCCACGGUGGUUGGAGCAGCAGGGGGAGGGGUGGCGGAGGGACGGAGCUAAGGUUCGUUCUAGAAGUCGCAGAGUCGGGUGGCAUCGGGCAGACGGCCGGCAGCACGGAGCGGCCUCGGGUGCAGAUCGGCGGGCUACGGAGUCGCGCGAUUGCGCCGGCCAAGUGCCUCGGACGGAAUCGGAGGACGAGCGAGCACUGUCGAGUCCAGCCGAACGUAGUCGACGCCGCCGCCGUCGCCGUCGCCGCGCGUGCCUCCCCGUGCGCGAGAGAGAGGAAGAGAGAGAAAGAGGAAUAAAGAGAAAGAGGAGCCGGGAGGCGAUCGGCCAGAGCAGUCGCGAGACGCGUACCAGCGUACAGUCAGUCAGUGGCUGGCGACUUCUCGGAGCGUCAGGUUCUCCGUUACGGGGGGGACGUCUCGUCGCACCGCGUCUCCUGGCGUGUACCACGUGCGCAGACAGGCGGUGACAGCUCGUGCCGCCGCGCGACGUAACGCGACGCGAGGAUCGACUUUUCGGGGUUUUCUUCAACGAUGAGUCCCCCAUCCUGGCGUUUUUACGUCUCGAUUACUAGUGAAAGAGAAGCGCUAGCGAAAUUGACGAAAAAGCUCACACGGCGGUGCGUCGAUUUGUGAGUGGAUAUAUUGCGAAUGUCAGAACGUUAUGUUAUUUCGUUAUGUUAAUUCAGCAACUCGACGACGAAUAAAUCGUCACUCGACAGAUUGAACUCGAGCUCCCGCGAGGGUGCACCCUUCACGCAAGAUUCACCGACACUUGAAUCAAUUGAAUCAUUAAAUCUGAGACACGUGGGACGUGUAAAUCGUUAACGAAUUUCGCAAAGUGUCGCUUCUUUCCAAUUUUCGUCAAAUAUUGUACAAACGAAAGUGAGUCUUCGACGCGAUAGAAUCCGUGGAUGUCGUGACGUUCCUGUAAACUCGUCGCGACACGACUCGAAUAACGAGCUUAUCAUUAACGACGAGACUUUCGUUAGCAACUCUUAUCUGCGGGUUACGAGAAUAAACCUGACCGUGCCGCAAGCAGCGGCGUAAACAUUACGAAUGUAGAGAUCUCUCAAUCGAUUUCGUAUUAUCGUGUCUCGCGGAGGAAACUCCGAAACGAUCUCUCCGCGCGCGAGGGUGAGACUUUGAGAAUGAGAAUGCAAGAAUCACGCGAGUCGCGCGCCUGAGAAAACUGAGGGGGAAGAAAGAAGAACGGAAAAAAGGAACGGAACGCCCGAGAGAGGCUUUUCCCGAAACCAGCGGAAAAAUCGUGAAACGCGCAACGAACGAGCGAGCGAAAAAAGGAAAAAGGGAAAGAGGGAAAGGAGGAAAAGAGCGAAAGAGCGCACGCCGGGAGGAAAGAGUUGACGGAGAAGGGGGAGAAAUAGAGAUUUCUGGGCACGCGCACUUCCACCUGCCAGCGUGUAGUGGCACGCGCCGUACACUCCCCGCCCGCCUCCUCCCCCUGCUUCUACCCUCGUCGUCACUUGCGUUCGUGCCCCCGCAUCCCUCCACACACUCACUCACUCACUUUCUCGUACUCCACCCCCGACUAUCCGGCCUAUCUCUCUCUCUCUCUCUCUCUCUCUCUCUCUUCCUUUCUCGCGUGCCCUCCUGGCCCUAUCGCGGCGCCGCGCUUCUCCUGCCCCUCUCCCGUGGGAAUCCCCUCCCGUGUUCCUCUCUCACGCGUGCCACGGCCACCGGGACGCGCGGGAGUCAAUCGCUCGCGGUCUUCGACAGGGCGAACACAACCGACGACUCUCCUGCUCGACUUUUCGAACACAAAAGACUCUCUCUCUCUCUCUCUCUCUCUCUCUCUUUCUCUUCCCCCCCCCCUCUCUCUCUCUCUCUCUCCUUCCACUCUCGCAGACCACCUUUACCGCCUCCUCCUCUGCCGCGCGAUCUCUCGCACGUGUGUCUCCGGUUGGUGGAGAGGAGUCCUCUUGGGAGAGAAGAGAAGAGAAGAGAAGAGAAGAAGAGAAGGUAGCAGUCGUAAACGAGGAUGUUAUUUCGGUCCGUCGCGUCAGCGUUGUUCGCGCCGCGAAUGAGCCGCGUACAGUGGAUCGGGAGCAGUGCCGCGCGAGUUUCCCCGUUUUUCGUUUAAAAAGGGCAUUGUAGCAACCCUGCUCGAAGGGGGUGCCGAGAACGCCGCACGACGAGAGUCGUCAGCCGAUGUUUGCGUAUGAAAGAACCCGAAAGUCGCCCUCCUCCUUCGUCUCAUCCUCCUGCUGCUGCUGCUGCUGCUGCUGCUGCUGCUGCUGUGGUGCGUCCACUGCGUGGAGGGAGGCGUGCGCGGUCCCUCUGCUGUAAACCAAGCGAGCAGCGGGGCUACGGGGAGGAGGAGGAGGACGACGACGACGACGACGACGACGACGAAGACGAAGACGAAGACGAAGACGACGACGAGGAGGAGGAUAACGAGCGGCGUGCCGAAGACGAGAGCGCGCACGACGAAAGAAGAAGAGCGCAGAAGAAGAAGAGGAAGAAGAGGAGGACGACACGUGAGAGAAGAAACCGGGCGGAGGAGUGGGAAGCGCGCGCGGUGGCGACGCGCGUGCUUUAAACGCCGCAACGAAAAUAGUCUCGCGAGUGAGUUAGCCGACGCGCGAACAAAACAGCCCGAUAUGUAACAGUGUCGGGCGAGCGGUGACUGGAAUCGCGCAGACGAUCCUCCACUCGCCUUUCACCCUUCAUCUAAUUCAGAAGAAUCAGUUGUUGUGUCGGGCAAACGCCAACGACGUGAGAGGACCAUCAGGAGGCAGGCGGCUGUUAUCCGCUCGUUGGACCGGCAGCGGGGAAUCCGCGCCGCGUGCAUCCCGUGCGUCACAAAACCACCUGUUGACGAUUUACGAGGGAAAAUCGAAGCGCGUCGCCGCCGUCGCCGCCGCUGUCGUCGCCGCCGCCCCGCUACCGCGCGUCGCGAUUUUCUUUGUCGCGUACACUCGUGUCCAUUCCCACGCUCGAGAACAGAGAUCGAGAGGGAAGGAGAAACCGUCACGUCGUCGUGCGCUGCCACCUGCGAGGACACGAAGCGCAACGGGGCGUCGUUCUCGAGCUGUUUAAAACAGAAAAGUUGGAAAACUGUAGAGUUGCGAAUCUGCGGCGAGAAGAGGCGAGUGGACUGCGCUGGACCGCACGCGUAAACAAUCGCGCCGUACGUCCCUGAUUGUUUUUCACGGCCGGUUAUCGGCGAUACGCAUCUCUCGGUCGUCGCCGGCUGUGAGAACUCGACGAGGUCGGAGGUCAGGCAAUAGCUAGGCGGAUGAUAUACGCGGCGUGCAAGGCCACCACGUCGUCGAGAGAAGAAGUGCCACGCUUUCUCUCUCUCUCUCUCUCUCUCUCUCUCUCUCUCUCUCUCUCUCUCUCUCUCUUUCUCUCUUUCUCUCCCUCUCUCCUCUCUCGCUCUCUCUCUCUCUGUCUGUGAAAGAGGAUCGGUAACUCGAGGAGCGAGGAAGCGAUAAGCGGCCGAGAGAGGCGAAAAAGAAUUUCUCGAACGUCUCUUAGUGUCUUAGGGACGCUACGACAACGUCGAUGUGUGUGUUGGUAUAACGAGGACACGUCGUAGACGACGAUAGCUAGUCAAAUUGUUAAGAUGGGCAUUACAUUUGGUGCGCGAUCGAUAGGGGUAGGAAAGAUCGAAGCGCGCCGCACGCGCUAUUUCUCCGGGAGCGAAAGGGUUGAGUGAUUCGAAUUCGGUAUUGAGUGAGGAGCACUGUCCGACUUGUCGCGCCUUCUUUCCCGCGGUCCCGAGUGCCGUAAUUUAGUCGUAGUUCGAUCCCAUACCGGAGGAACGGCACAAGUAUAUCGAGCGUAUUCGCCUUUUGAACGUUUUUUACGAGAGAGACGUUUAAUAAUUAUUCGCGAUUAAUAACAACGUAAACGGACCAACGGGUGUACUACGCGUUCACCAAAAUCCACAGGAGGAACAGUGACAAGUGACAUCGCCGAACGGAAAGAUGACAUUCAAGUUUCGUUAAUGGUUACAUUCGGAACGACGAGAAACAUGUACUGAGCGUGUCGAGGGCGAAAUCCGCCGCAUUGAUAUAAUACGACUAUAAGGAGAACGAGGGAACUAGAAGGGGGCAUGGUGGGCCCCCCUCUGCCGGGGCUUCAGGCCCGGGUGGCCUCUCUGUGAAAAGAAAUCCUUCUUCUACCACGUCGUGCCUGCUACAUUAGACUGCCUGGAAUGAUGCAGCCGAAAUUCCUCAAGAGGACGACCGAGGAGUUGGAGCCAGCCGGUGGUGCUAGUGGCGAUGGAGGAUUCGGCGAGCCACCGGUCAAGCUACAAUGCACACAAGGGCAGCAUCAGCAUCAGCAGGGUCCGGGCGGCGGCGGUGGCGGUGGGCCUCAUCACGGCCACGGUCAGCAUCAGCCUGGAAACGGCGCGAACUCGACGGGCCCAACAGGUCCUGGUGGCGGUGGUGGCGGUGGCGGUGGCGACGGAAAUGAAGGUCUCACCAAGUUCCAGGUGCAAAUCGUUCAGCAGCUGGAGUUUACUACCUCGGCAGCGAAUAACUCGCAAGCUCAGGCUAUCUCUACGAACGUGACAGUGAAAGCGCUGACAAAUGCGUCGGUGAAGAGCGAUCUUUUGAACUCCUCAUCACCGAAGCCAGGUGCGGACACGUCUGCGUCGACUGGGUCGAGGCCGCAGCCCGGAAACGGCAACGGUCCCGGAGGUCCUAGCGGGCCCGGCGCUGGUGGUGGUGGCGCCGGUGGCGCCGGUAGUAGCGGUGGAAUCGGUUGCGUUGACAUCGGUAACCUGGUUGAAUGUAAACAGGAACCCGACAACGAGUUUGUGGAUCUGGAACAGUGCGCCGCGGCACUCGAAAAAGAUGCCGCGGCGAACGGCACCGGUUUUCCCGGCUUUUCCGAUUUCAUGGGCGACGACACCGGCGACGAGAUCAUCACGUCGGACGCGUUCAAGGACCUCAUAUCUGAGAUUUCAGACUUACAUACGGAGUUUAAGGAAUUCAUGAAAGAUUUUGAUUUUGACGACAAGAACGUCGAUACGCUAGCGAAUAAUGCCGCGGCAGCGGCCGCGGCCGCAGCUGCUGCUGCCAAUAACAACAACAACGGUAGUAACAACAAUAACGGGCUACCAACUAAUAAUGGACAGAUCAAGAUCGAGGACGACAAAGAUGCUAUCCAUCAGCAGCAACAGCAACAACAACAGCAGCAGCAGCAACAGCAGCAGCACGCCAAUGGCGCGAACAACGGCAUCAACAACAACGUCGGCAAUAACAACGGUAACGCGAUGCCAGCUAACUCGAGUCCGGGCGCUCUUGGCUCCUCGCAGUAUUCGCCUGCUCGACUUCCUUACUCCGGAUUGGACUUUAAAUCUGAGAUGAGCCCAGCGGCGCAGACGCUCAAGCAGAUGGCCGAGCAGCAUCAGCAUAAGAGUCAGCAACUGGGACUCGGUGGAUUCAAUCCUACGGCGGCAGCGGCUGCCGCCGCAGCGCGAGGCCCAGCCACGAGAUCCCCUUACGCCGAGUUUCCCCAAUUCGGCGGCGCUUCCGAUUACCUGGGGAGUCCCGGUAGCACCGGCCCGACUGGUGGACAGAAUCAGGCCACGGUUACAGGGACCGGCACGUACCACAAGAACAAUGGCACUCCGACCUUCCAGAGUCAGCAGACUAACGACAUGUUUGUCAGCUCGCAGACUCAGUUCGCUGCGGGCCUCGCGGAUAUGAAGAGGCCUCAGCCGACCGCGACGGGCGGCAAGCCCGGCAUGUUGGGGCCAACCGGCGGUUACAAGCAACAAUACUCGCCAUAUGGUAGUCCGGGUUCGAUGCCGAAUCACGGUAGCCCAGGAUACCCAUUGCCACCGCGAGGUUCGCAGGGAGGCGGACCUAACCAGACCGGUUCGCAAGGACCGUUCAAUACGACUUCCACGCCGCCGAGACCUCCCUCGGGACCCGGUACUUCUACCUUGCAGAUCAAUCAGGCACAGCAGCUGCACAUCGGUAACCAGAUACAGGUGUCGGCGGGCCAGCACAUGCAGCUCACGGGCGAUCUGAAGCCGGUCGUGUCCGUCGCGGCGCAACAGGGCAUGUACUUCAAUCAGCAGCAGGCGCAGAAUCAGGCCGGGCCGUCGGCGAAUCAGGCUGACACCUACUGCUCGGUCUCGCAGUCCCAGACCAUCAACUUCACCCAGCAGAGUUUGCGGCAACGGGCGGCGGCAGCGGCCGCCGGCGGAGUGCCGCAGCCGGGUGCCGCCGGCCCGGGCACGCGGGGCCAUCCGCAGCAGGUGCCGCCAGGCCAGGUCGAUCAGCACCAGCACGCAAAGCUUCUCCAGCAACAGCAAUUGAUGCGCGCGCAACAGGUAAUGCAGCAGCAGCAGCAGCAGCAUAUGGCAGGUGGAAUGGGAAGCGUAAGGCCACCACCGCCCGAAUACAAGGCCGCGGCCCAGGCGCAGAUGAUGCACGCUAGUAUCGGUAUGGGUCAGCAAGCGAGGUUCGCCAACGCUGGACCCAUGCGCAGAGUUACGCAACAACCUAUGCCGCCGUCGGGUCCGAUGAUGAGGCCGCAAAUGGCGCAACAGCAGCAGCAGCAGGCGUUACAUGCGGCCGGCGGUAAUAUGUACAUGGGCGGCGGCGGGAUGGCUGCCAUCGGCGGGAUGCAUCAAAUGCACCAGCGGCUAGGCUACCCGAGAACCAACAAUCAACGGCCGCCCAACGUCAGCGUUGGACCUCCGGACGGCCUUGGAAACAGUAUCGCGGGUCGCGGCGCCCAGCAGGAGUGGCGACACGUUUUGAUGCAGCAACAGCAACAGCAACAGCAGCAGCAGCAGCAGCAAGGCUUUCAGGCGCAAAUGCGCUCACAAUUCAAUCAGCAAAGUCACCAAGGUGCUUUCGGCAUGGGUGGCGCGGGCGGCACGAUGCAAAUGACCGCGGCGCAGAUGCAACACCAACAAUUAAUCCGCUCGCAGAAUGGCGGUAUAGCCGGUUCAGGGAUGGCCAACAGCACGCAGAUGCAACAGCUGUUGACGCAACAGCACCAACAACAAACGUUGGCCAUGCAGCAGAACAACAAUCAAAUGUCCCUGCAGAUGCAGAUGUCACAGACAACGUCCGUGAAUUCGGUCAAUGUUACCGGGACCGGUUCCCCGCUGCAUCCGCAUCAGCAGUACGGUGCGGGUAGCCCAGGAGUGCGCAGUCUACCGCCACCGCAGCAGCACACCCAGCCGCCACCACCGGCCACCACUACGGACCCGUCCGUGGCGGCGCCCGAUUUCAGCCUGGAAUUCCUUGAGAACCUUCCUACGGGAGACACGUCAAACUUCAGCGCUCAGGAGCUGCUUAAUUCUCUCGACUCUACGGCCGGCUUCAAUCUCGAUAUUCUGUAAUGGGACCACGCCUGCCCGGAUGUGGUCGGUUCGGAUGUCGGUGUCUGGCGGUAUGCCGGUUUUACUACAACGGCGGGGGCGAAUGAGAGAUCGAUUUCCCCUUAAAGUAUACACUUGGCGCGACGAUACCGACGAAUUUCACUUCGUCCGUCCGCAUAUCGACCUACCGCUUCCAAUACGCAUAGUUGAUUUCCUUUAUUGCGUCGACGAAUUAUUUGUCAGUUACAUUUUUGAAACAAGGAUUCCAUAGGAAUAUACCUUCUUAUUGGAAUCCACAGUUUUUAAUUAGUGAGAAACAUUGUCUCUAAAUGAGAUGUUUAACUCAGUUGAAUUUUAUGAGGAGUUUCAAAAGAAAAUAAUGAUGGAAAUGAAACAAUGUAAUAGAUAGAUUUACGGAUUCUUUGAAGUUCGAGUUUUUUUUUUAGGAAAACGGAACGCAGGUUGGUGAUAUGCAGGUACUUUGUUAUAUGUCGAUGACCGACAGUUGCGAGUGACAGUUACCCACCGGUGCGACAACGUCCCACAGCCGGUCGUAGUGCAUUCUCGGCUCGCCGCUUCCGCGCGGUCGCCGACUAUUCUUCUAGGCAAUUACAUUUUAGUAAAAAUUAAUUUUGUAAUAAUAAUCGCCGAGAAAGGCGCGGGAAUUUAGUCCCAUGGAAAUAUGGUGGCGUGGGUUAUCAAGAGGUACGUGGAAAUCGUUCUAUCGUCUCGUUUUCUUCGGUGAUACCGUGCGCAUUGAGGGAGAGAGCGAAACGUCGAGAGAAAGAGAGAUCGCGCGAUUUCCUAUUUUCCUUUCAAGUUUUUUUGCUCAUGCUGGGCUGGGCUACACCGAGAACGAUCGAUAAAAGACGAUGGAUAAAAUGAACUGAUUUUUACUCCUAGAGUGGCAAGUGAAAAUAAUGUUCUUUUGUACUUUUUGAGUUGUUGAGUCUGAUUUUGACUCUUAGAAAAUUUUGAUUUAUCAGAAAAAUAUUAAAAUCAACAUAUGAAACUAUUAAUAUAAGAAACUAUUUUAUAAGAAUAAUAUAUUAAUGAAAUCAUAAAGAGAGAGAUUUGACCGAUACAUGAAUAAUACAAAUUAAUAAAUGAAGAAAACUUAUUCGGUCAAAGUGGAUCUUGUUUAAAAAUAUUUUUUGUGUGAAUCUCAUAAUUUCCAGUAGUAAAAUACUAAAAUAAAAUACAAAAUAUUUUAAGAAAUAAACUAAUAAACAGCAAUGAUCUCAAGUGUCGUUAUAAAGCUUUAAAUAUCUUCUAUUGAUAUAAUGACCGUAGAUAUUAAUAUUUAAAACUUUUUUAGAACAUGAAUUAUUAAAGAUGAGAUUAUUGUGAUAUUUUACUGGCAAGAAAAUACGAAUUAAUACAUUCAUGAAACUUAAUAUUAUAAUGUUUUACUAGCAGAAAAACAUGAAUUAUUAUGUUCGAAUUAUAUUCAUAAAGUUCAACAAUAAUAAUGAGUAAUAGUUUCAUAUACUGAUUUUAAUACUUCUCUGACAAAUUAAAUUUUUCUGAAUAUCAGACUUAGCAAUUCAAAAACUACAAAAAAACAUUGUUCUUACUUGCCAUGCCAAGAGCUAAAAUCCAUUUUAUCCAUCUUCUUUUCCAGAGUGCCCGCGUCGACGACUUCGGCAGGUGCGAUGACUUCGACGGGCAUUCCGCAAGACGAUUCUCCUUUCUCUUGAUCCUUCACGUUGAAAUCCGCGCGAAAUAGAUAGAAAUAUAGAUACGAAGGCCGCAAUUUUAAAGUUUACUCGGUUGAAUCUGUUUCGGCCGUGAAAGAAAAAACCUGGUUACCUUGCGCCGGCUCAUCAUUGCAAAGAACGUCCAAGAUUUUCCUGGAUGAGCGAGCCUGGCCGGGCGUUAAUACUUUUUAAGGAUAAUAAUGUAACAAUAUAACGAUUAUAUUAUAUAUUAUAUCAUAAUAACAUAAUGAUAUAUCGUUAUAUUAUUACAUUAUUAUGGAAAUAAUAAUGUAGUAACGUAACGAUUAGAGGGUAACGUAUUUAAUUAUGCCAUUAACGGCACAUUUACAAUUAACAGCAAGUCAAUUAUCAAUUAUCAGCAUUCAAUUCUAAGUUUGCGACGCACGUAAAUACGAAAUCGCGCGCGCUGAUCCGAUCGAUCCGUUAUAUCAGAGAUUUAUGAUAAAAGGGAUAAAAAAGAAAGAAGGAACUUCCUCUCUCCUAAACGCAUUGUUAGCGCUAAUGCGAGAUAAAGAAAAUUAUUCAUUGUAUAUAGAUAUUACAAAAACUAGAAGAAAUUUGAGGCGUUAAGAUCGCACAGUUAGACGAUUAUGUAACAAUAAGGAACCUAAAAUAUAUAUAGAUAAAUAUUAUAGUGGUUACAGUGUUUAACGAGACGACAGUAAUAAUGCAGGUGAAAAUCGCGUGCACGUGAAAAAUUAUGCGCGACUGAAAGAGAGCGUGUGGUGAGAGAGACAUGAAACACGAAUGCAUCACGGCGACAGAGCACAUUUGUACACACAUAUUUAUUAAGUUUUAAUAUACCGAAUGUGCUGUGUCGCGUUACGUUGAAGUUGCACACAAAUUAGUCGGCGAUAAAGUAGAUUCCAUUUUCGAUCGCGGCGAACUACUCGGUAUUUUCUAAAUGGGGGCAAUCAUUUUUCUCUCGUAGGGAUUCGCGCGGAGUGUAUCGUCGAAAUAUUAUUCACCGUUCUUUUCUUUUUCUUACUUUAUCAAACGCAAUUUUGUAUGCUUUAUUUUAAAGAUUUUUUUAACCAAAUAAAAAAAGUAAGGAAAGACAAGGAAAAUCUUGAAGUUUGCGCUUUGUGUUGAUCGCAUAUGCGGAACCGUUAACAAUGUAUAAUAAUUCAACAAUAUAGUUCGAUGAUAUAGGGAUGGGAGAGGGAGGGAGAAAGAGAGAAAAAGGAAUCUGUGACUAUUCUUCCAAAUAGCGAUACAUUCCAUAGAUAACAAAAAGAAAAGAAUAGCGAUCUGUGGUUCGUCUAAUCAAAAAUACUGUUUUUAAAAAAGAAAAAAAGCACACGACAAAAAA